GUCAUAGGUAGGCGUGGUCCGUCCUGCUACUUCUUUCUGGAGCAGCUGGUCAUGGCUUCCUGGGCCGACGGGGUGCGGGCAGUGCUGCUGGACGUCUGCGGUGUCCUGUAUGACAGCGGGGGCUCGGCAGGCGGCGCCGCCAUUCCCGGCUCCAUAGAGGCCGUCAACAGGAUCCGGCAAGAUGGUUUGAAGUUGCGAUUCUGCACAAAUGAGUCUCAGGCCACGAGGGCUCAGUUUGUCCGUAAACUGCAGAAGUUUGGCUUCAACAUAUCAGAAGACGAAGUAACGGCUCCGGGCCCCGCUGCAAGAAAACUGAUGCAGGAACAGGGAUUGCGCCCUCACUUACUGGUCCAUGAUGAUCUGCUCCCUGAAUUUGACUCCAUUGAUAAAUCCGAACCCAACUGUGUUGUGAUUGGAGACGCUGCCGAAAACUUCUCCUACCAGAACGUCAACCGAGCCUUUCAAGUGUUACUUGGCCUGGAGAAACCCGUGCUCAUAUCUUUAGGGAAAGGACGCUAUUAUAAGGAAACUGACGGCUUGAAGUUAGACGUGGGGGCCUACAUGAAAGCUCUGGAGUACGCCUGCGAUAUCACAGCGGAGGUUGUGGGAAAGCCAUCCAAGAACUUCUUUAUGUCUGCACUGGCAGAGAUGGGAGUGCAACCACAUGAGGCCGUAAUGGUUGGAGAUGACGUGGUUAAUGAUAUCGGAGGGGCACAAAGCUGUGGCAUUCGAGGCGUGCUCGUCAGAACAGGGAAAUACAGGCCUAGUGAUGAAAGCCAUCCCCAAGUGACUGCUGAUGGAUAUGUGGAUAACUUGGCCCACGCUGUCGAUAACCUCCUGGCCUCUAGGACAACUGGACAGUGACCCCACUGUGUUCUUUAAAGGGGUUUUCUAGGAUUACUAUGUCUUUUAAUAAAUAUGCUCAUGUGUUUGCUUACCUUAAAUACAUCUAUCCCAUGCUUUU